AUGUACAUCUCGUCUGCUACCGUUCUUUUGAGCAUUCUUGCCCUGUCCGCGGCUGGUCCGAUCGGCGUCGUGAGGUCCAAGAGAGCAAACGUGCUCACCGUCCGACCGUACAGCGAAUUUCAAGUCUCGGAUGGAGUAGCCGGCAAUGCACUGGCUGAAGUCAACGCCAAUUUCCCUAUUGACACGUCCGACCUCGCCUCUGUGUCCGACUCUGAUCUACAAAUCAUAAAAGAUGCCCGAGAGACCGCCGAGGACGCCGAGACUGGCACCGGCGGUUUCAACGAUGAGAUCGCGGCUGCUGGAGACAACGCCGACACAACGGCCCUCCAGAAUGGAAAGAUCAAGAAUAAAGUGUUGAAGCUGCAGUUGGAGGUAUUGGCGUUGCAGAUCGAAGCUGCACAGGGAGAUGGCGAUCAGGCCAAGAUUGAUGAGGAGACGACCAAGUUGAAUAACAACAUUGCCCUUGACAAGGCUGCGGCGGGACAGAAGAGUGUGGGUGUGACUGAUACCUUCAGUGGAUGA